AUGUCUCUGUUUCUCAGUCGGCUCCGCGUUGGGGUGAGAAGAUCCUCUGUUUCUCUUCUUCUCUCUAAGGGCUUCUCAACUUCCUUGCGGCAAACCUCUCCUUGUUACGUCAUCGGCGCUAGACCUCUAGAGUUUUCCCAUCAUAAUCGCCUUGGAACACUCAGUAUUGGCGAUGUCAAUCCAAAAACAUAUGGCGUCAUUCGUUUGCAAAAGAAGGUGUCUAUGGAUUUGGUGCACAAUGAUCUUAAUGAUACUGUGGUUACGAUCGGGGCAUCACAUGGGUGGGUAGCUAGUCUGAAGGACGAUGGAAUCCUGCGUCUCCAUGACGAUCUAAACCCGUAUGCAUUGUAUAAAGAUCCCAUUUGCAUCCCACUGCCUCCUCUGGUGACUCUGCCACAUUGUCAAGCCAAAAUCAUCACCAACGUGUCAAUGUCAUCAUCUUCUCCAGAGAAUGAUGAGGACUGUGUCGUGGCUGUCAAGUUCUUGGGACCCCAGCUCAGCUUUUGCAAACCAGCUGGUAAGAGUAGUAAACCAGAGUGGACCGACAUCAAGAUCGAACACCCCUGCUUCAACUCCUCCCGUGUCAUGUUUUCCAAGAAAUACAACAUGUUUCUUAUUCCCGGAUCCGGAGGCCACCUCAUCGCUGCAUGGGACCCCUGUAAUCCCAGCGAUGACCUUCAGUUUCAGAGCGUUCGAUUUGUAAACCCUCCCAAGCUACCCACUAACAUACGCGAGCUUAUGAAUUCGUGCAGCAAGAGCGAGCACUUGGUGGAGUCAACAUCCACCGGUGAGAUUUUCUUGGUUAAGCAGUACAGGAAGACAGCAGCCGUGGAAGGUGGUGUCCCUAGAAGGAAAACAGAAUAUUUAAUGGUGUACAAGCUAGACGUUGAAGGAAACGCGGUCUACAUUGAAGACAUGGGAGAUCUGACCAUGUUCCUCUCAAUGUCUGAACCUUUCUGUAUCUCUUCUACUUCAUUUCCUGGUUUUCGGGCUAACUGGGUUUACAUCAAGGAUUUCGACGAAACCACAUAUGUCAAUGUAAAGCUGGAUGGUUGCCCCUUCUCUUCUUAUUUUGGAAAAAACUACGCUCCUUACUAUAUUCCACCUCAAAAUAUAGUAGACUAG